CGCUUGCCCUUUCCUUUGCGGAUCUUCUCUGAUAUAAAAAGGCGCGCUCUUGAAUUAUAUGAUCAGUCUAAAACAGCAGCGGACCAUCCCUUCUGUUUAAACAUGACUCCGUUUUUCACCGCCAUUUUCUUGCUCGCCGGCCUUUCAUCCCUGGCCACCGCCGGCGCCAACUUCACUCAGAUUUUCGAGUGGAAAGAAUUGGACUUCGAGUGGCCGUCGGAGGAAAGCAGAGCACAGGCCUUGGAAGAUGGAAAUUACAUACCUGAGAAUAUUGAACCUCGUUACAUGGCUGUGUACGGAACAAGAAUCUUCCUGAGCCUGCAUAAAUCUCAAGGCACUCCGGCCACUCUGGUGUCUGUGCCGACGAGCAGCGCGUCCUCUGCAACCCCUAAACUCACCCCAUUCCCAUCGUGGGACAUGCAUCUCAAUGAGUCUGGAAACUGCGACAAGAUCGACCGGGCAGUAGGGCUUCAAGUGGACUCGGUCGGCAGGCUGUGGGUGCUCGAUUGGGGAAACUCCUACUUCAAUUGCAGUUCAAAUCUAUGGAUUUUCAACUUAAACAACAACGAAACGGAACUCGUUCAUCGAUUUUCUUUUGACGGCAAGUUGCACGACUUGGUGCUCGACGAAACGUCAAACGGAACCUUCGCCUACGUCGCGCGCUGGAGUGAUUCCCACAUUGUUGUGUUUAGUUUGGAAAGAAAUCAAUCUUGGAUUGUUGACACGCCAGAUGUCGAGGUUUUGUCCAUCGCCCUGUCUCCUAAGGACCAGGAACCGAGACAGCUCUACCUUGGCGAAUUGUUCAACAAUGAAUUGUAUUCAAUCAGUGUCGCCGCACUUCGGAACGGAACUCGAACUGCAGAACCGGAACUAAUUGGAAACUGGACUGGAACACCAUAUAGAAUGGUGAUGGACAACCACGGGACCCUGUACGCCGCCUUUAUGGAUCAGAAUUUCAUUUCCUCUUGGAAUACUUCCCAGCCAUUUAAGGAGCAACGUUUUCAUGAGGUUUCUGGACUCAAAUCUUCUUGGCCCUUUACUUUUGCCUUGGACCAAAAUGGAUCUUUUUGGAAGGCAGUGGUUGAUGACCAAAGAACGCCAAGACUCAGGCUUUUGACGGCUCCUGUUGGUGCAAAAUCGUACAUCUACGAGGACUCACCAGAAUGCGCCAUUCCGUGUCAGAAGGAUGUUACUGCCUAAGGUUGGGAGAGUACCUUUGCAAGGUAGGAUGGAAGGGCGAAAACUGUGACCAACUCUGGGAUUACACCUUCCUGCCUGACUUACAUGCAAAGCUCUCUGCGACCUCGAAAACGAUUGUAGACUCGAGUAGUGGUUUUAGUUUGGACAUUAUAAAUGAUUUUCUGGGAAAUUA